CCGGUACAGCUUUUUCUAGCUAGCUUUCCGACGCUUCGUAAAGCUGAGGCAACGCAGGCUCUGCAGCGAGUACAAAGCGGAUGCUGAGAGCGCAGCUCUCCCGGUGCAUGGUCUCCAUGGCCACGCGCGCGUGUGUAUCGCGGGACAGCACGGGAUCGGCGGCUGGCGGGCCAGUGGAGGCCACCAUCCGCGCCAAGUUGGAGCAAGCCCUGAGCCCCGAGGUGCUGGAGCUGCGCAACGAGAGCGGCGGUCACGCCGUCCCAGCAGGCAGCGAGACGCAUUUCCGUGUGGCGGUGGUGAGCUCUCGGUUCGAAGGGCUGAGCCCCCUGCAACGGCACCGGUUGGUUCACGCGGCGCUGUCGGAGGAGCUGGCUGGGCCGGUACACGCACUGGCCAUCCAGGCGAAGACCCCCGCCCAGUGGAGGGAGAACCCACAGUUGGACACUAGCCCCCCCUGCCUAGGUGGAAGCAAGAAAACUCGAGGGACCUCCUAAUAACAGAUUGGGAGAACAACCAUCCGGAUGGGCCGAAUGAAAAUAAACCACUAAAUCACUACUACCUCAUACCUUGAUUUGUAUGGACCGCUACCCUUUCUGCUAACAUACACCAUGCAGAGGUAAAGAAGCUCCUGGCCAGCGAAAGCUAAGCUAGAGAGAGCAGCUACUCACAACUGCCCUUGCUUGGGCUAGUCAAGAAGGGCUGCCCGGUUGAUGAGUCGGAAAGGGCCAUGAAAAUAAAAGAGAAGCUGCC